UCUCUAAAGCAGGGGCUAACACUGCACACAGCCCCAUCCACUUUGCCUAGUUGAUAUUGUUUGUUUUAGAAUUAGUUGUCUGGUGUACUUUUGUUUCUAGUCUGAGAGGGGAAGGUGUGUCUUGUUUCCAAGGACAGUAUGUGUCACUUAAUAGUGUUGUUGUAAAAGUACAUGCCUGCACUCUUGGAUAGCAGUUACAAUGACCAAAGCUUUCAGAAAACUGAAGUAGAAUUUAUCACUUUCUCUGUCUACAGGAAAACAUGGAGAGUGAAGGACUGAAAGGCUUAUCUUACUACUACCAUGAAACACAAGGUGCAGACAUCUUAUCUCGCACCCUUGAGUCCACAGAACUACUGACACCUUUGCAGAUAAAUCAGCGUCCCACUGUAUCUCAGGAAAGGUAUCAGCAGUACAUACAGCAUGUCCCCAAGAUACCCAAAAUGCCUUGGGGUAGAGAGAGGGAAUAUGGAGGACGUGGAUCUGUUUCUUUGCCAGAUGAGCACAGACCUAAGGUGGAACCACCAACACUGGUUGCAAAAGAACACCUGCACUUGGGUUAUGGAGGAGACCCAUGGCCAAGGGGUGUGCCUGUUGAACAGUACUAUGAUGUAACCCAUCUAAAGAGAAGUAAUUUGCGAGUGAGCGAUCAACUGCUCCCCAACCCUCCUGAUACCUCGAUGAAUGAGAAGCAGAUAUUCCGUCCAUUUCCAGCUGAACAUCCCUAUCACUCACACAUACCCAAAUUUGCUCUGUUUCCAAACUUUAAGUCACCAGACGAUCCAGAAACUGGCGUGCAGGCCUGUGACAGUGAACCCGUACAUUCUAACAUUCCUGCCAACAACUUUGAUGUGCUUGUCUAUAGCAAAACAAAAGGUAGCCCAUAUAGGCAUGAAGUUCAAUACAUCCCCUCUGAUUUGCACAAGAAAGCUUUGGCCUGGCCUGGACAGUCUGGAUAUGUUCAUUUUCCUAAAUCAGCAAAACAGGCUAGCCAGGAGUACUACCCACAACCACCAAAAACUGUCAUACCUAACCUAACACUGAGGCCAAAGUCAGCUUCACUCUCAGAAAGGACUGCAAAUAUGCUUAGAAAUUUGGAGAAGUCACUCUGGUUUACAACAUACAAACACAACUUUACAGGUGCUGGCCCUAUGAACCCCUUACAGUUGGAUGAUUAUCAUGAGAAGAUUAUUGGCAAUGUAACUGGGGAUCCUAACUUGUAUUCAGCUGACCCAAUAGAGUGCUUCCAGUCAUCCUUUUCUGAAGAACGACCACUUGAAGGUCGCAUUUCAAGAUUAUUUCAAGGGCGGCGCCCAAUAGAUCCAAUCACUACAGAUGAGAAAAGUACAUUUCACAAAGAAAAAAACUAUGCAAGUUUACUCUCAGAUGCUCACACCACAUAUGCAUCUCAAAAUGGUUAUAUAAAACAGGAUUUGACACCAAAUAAUGCUAAUGUUACUGCACUGAAAAAUCAGAAUUUACAAGAAAUUAUGCCAGAGGAAGAAAAUACAGACAGGCACAGUACAAGGCUUGUGAAUUUUACUUCCAGUUCUGAUCCUCUGGUUUUAAGGAAUAAAACAGAGCAAUUGCAAGUCAACUAUUAUCCUGGUACAUUUUAUGAGCAUUUAGGGCAUCUUGAUAGCUGUGAUAAUGAACCUACACAAGCUAAUUCAGAAUCACACAUUCUCAAAAUAACAGAUACUAAAAAAACAGAUGCUCUGUACAUGAGGCAAUUUCAGAUAAGACCCAGAAGUGCAGAAUCAAACAUUCUGGAACAACGUAAUGCAUCAGGUAGUAUAUGCUAUGAGGAUUUACCACUCAAAAGGCUUGAGCCACAAAACUCAUGGCCAUAUCCUUUAAAUUAUUCCAAAACAAUUGCACCAGUAAAGGUGUCUCUUGCAAAUAAUUUGAAUAAGGACUCUGAAACCCAAGUUCUUAGUCAGCAGUGUACCGUGCAAGAGGAAGAACAACAUUAUCCACAGCAUUUUGAAUAUGGAAGAAUUUGGUCAUCUGGCAUACCACAGAUGAAGUUUACAAAAGUCCCCCAAACUCCAACAGCACUGCGAGAGCUUCAAGAUUCCUUUUCAAAGUCAGAAGCACAUAAGCACUUCCAUAAAUCAGUAGAGGGAGAAGCCAUAGAUCUUAGAGACAAUAUUCAUACUGGAAAAAAACAUUCAUUUUUUGGCUUCAAUGCUUAUUAUUUUCGUAAUUAACAUUUUGAGUUUUAAAAUGAAGUGCCUAUGUGUUUUAGAAAUAUUAACAAACUGUGUGCCUUGGCUUGUAUUUUUGCAUGUGUUAUGCUACAAUUUAGGGUUAAAUUGUGAAAAAUAUAUGGAAUGUACCCACCCACUUACCAAUUCACACACACACAAGCAAUAAAGGAAGGCUUGCAAAUAUCA